AUGGCUCACUAUAUGAAUAUGAAUCUGAUCAUCACUAGUCUUGUGAUGAUCUUGAUUUCACAUUUGCCUUUUUCCUCAACUGUGAAUCCAGACAAACCAACAAAGUCUAUAAUCGACAGAAUCUGCAACCAAACAGUGAACUUCAAUGAGUGUGAAUUGAUUGUCACGUCACAGCUACACUCGCCGCACGCAAAUAUAGCGACCAUAACGGAAGUGAUGACAAAAAGAGCUCUGACGUUUGCUACGGAGACGGUUUCUCAAAUCCAAGACUAUCUUCUCCCAAACGCUACAGAUACUCAGGACAAAGCCGUUUUCUCCGCUUGCGAGAUCGCGUACAAAGCCGUGGUUUCUCGUCUUCAGAGUGCUUAUACGUCGAUGAAGAACAGUGAUUACGUGGCGAUGAAGGCACAGCAGAAUCAAGCACUUGGGUAUAUUGAUGUGUGUGUUGAGAGGACUAACUUCUUUCGCCGGACUCCGAUGGUAGCAGCCAACUAUUAUGUGAGGUUGACGGCGAAGAUUGCUUCCAUUGCAGGCCAGAUCCUUGCUCCUAGUACGACCACGUCCCUGUCCCCUUGA